AUUAGAGCCAAGGGGCGCGUUUCCGACAACCAGGAAUCAAAACACAGCUGAAAUGCUGCACAACAUAAAACAAAUAUGCGCCACCGUUGAGUUAAAGAAGUAUCUUUGUGCCAUUUCCGAAGGAUAUUACCAUCAUGUUUGUUAAAACUCCCACGUGGUUGUUUGUUUUAAUUUUACACCUUUGGGAGCAGGAUGUUUUUGGAACAGGUAACAAACAGUUUAACAUCCUGUAUUUAAUGGCUGAUGAUUUGAGACCAACAUUAGGCUGCUACUCUGAUCCAGUGGUCAAGUCACCAAACAUCGAUCAGCUCGCGUCUGUGAGCAAAGUCUUUUAUAACGCAUAUGCACAGCAAGCUGUUUGCGCGCCUAGUCGGGUGUCGUUUCUAACGAGUCGAAGACCUGACACCACAAAGCUGUACGAUUUCAACUCCUACUGGCGAGUGCAUGCGGGAAACUACACAACACUUCCUCAGUACUUUAAGUCUAAUGGAUACACCACACUAUCAGUGGGAAAAGUUUUUCAUCCAGGCAUUGCCUCCAACCACUCGGAUGAUUACCCGUACAGCUGGUCUGUACCGCCGUAUCAUCCUCCCUCUUUUAAAUAUGAAAAGGGGAAGGUUUGUAAAAAUAAGGAUGGCACACUACACACUAAUUUGCUGUGCGCCGUGAAUGUGUCGGAAAUGCCUCUGGGAACUCUUCCUGACAUGGAGAACACAGCAGAGGCCAUACGGCUCCUCGAGUCUAUGAAACAAUCCAUCACUCUUUUCUUCCUGGCUGUUGGCUUCUAUAAACCGCAUGUUCCUUUCCGAAUCCCAAAGGAGUACCUAAAGCUUUAUCCGAUUGAAAGCAUGAGUAUUGUUCCUGACCCAUAUGUUCCCAAGAAACUUCCUAGUGUGGCUUACAACCCCUGGACUGACCUCCGCAGAAGGGAAGAUGUACAGGCUUUAAACCUUAGCUUUCCGUAUGGCCCCAUUCCUAAAGACUUUCAGUUGCAGAUUCGACAGCACUACUUUGCUUCUGUGUCAUAUAUGGAUACUCAAGUGGGAAAAGUUCUAAACGCUCUGGACGAUCUCGGCCUCUCCAGUAACACUAUAGUGGUGUUCAGCUCUGAUCAUGGUUGGUCAUUAGGAGAACACGGCGAGUGGGCCAAGUACAGCAACUUUGAUGUGGCCACCCGGGUGCCAUUGAUCGUAUUUAAGCCAGGUGUGACCUCACCUUUACCCCAGCCUGGAGAGAAUACGUUCCCCUUCAUCGACGUGUUUCAGAACACACAGGAGCGGUUUGGCAAAGGUCAAGGGGUUGAAAGUAUGGUGGAGCUGGUGGAUGUUUUUCCCACUCUGUCGAACCUGGCCGGCCUGCGCCCUGUGCGCCGUUGCCCUCCUCGAUCUUUCGAGAUGGAGCUGUGCACCGAGGGCUCAAACCUGGCCCAUCUCAUUCGCAACCCAGAAAGAUACCCCAGCAGAGAGGGUUACUCAUUCAGUCAGUACCCCCGGCCCUCAGACUCCAUCCAGGAGAACUCGGACCUGCCUGAUCUAGCUGAUAUCCGCAUCAUGGGCUACUCGAUUCGCUCUUUGGACUAUCGCUACACUUUAUGGGUGGGCUUUGACCCGGGCCAAUGUCUGCAUAACAUGACGGACCUCCACGCAGGUGAACUGUACAUCCUAGCCGAAGACCCGGGACAGGACAACAAUGUGUUUAAUGAGUUUGAGCAUGGCACAGUAUUGCAUAAACUCGGCAUGCAAAGGUCAUGGCCGGACAGUCUAAAGCAUCACGUAAUGUAUUUCAGCAACAGUUUCAAAUCAAACGUGCUGUGAUCAGUUUGUCAAAAUGGACAGUAAAGGGACGAUGAGUGGAUAUUUCAUCCUGGAAUGUCAGGAAAUAAGAAAUUAUAUUUCGUUUGAAGUACCAGGACCAACAAAUUUCUAUUGCGACAUCACUGCCAAGUACAACUUUCUGACAGUUUGGAUAAAAAACCUUCUUUACUGUCAUGAAAAAUGUGUUGGUCCUAAAAUAGGCUUUGUUUUUUUUAUAUGACCUGGACAUUUUGUUUGCAUGAGAAUCUUUAACAUCUAUUCUAGUAUCUGUUUUGAAUUUGUCAUAUUUUUAACCGUUAAAAUUCUUUAAAGAAGACCUUCGUAACCUCUCAAUUUGUUACAGCAAAACGAAAGGGAUUUUAGACUGUUUGUUAAUUGAAAAGUGAAAUGUGUUUCUCUUACAUUCAUAAUGAAAUGUAAACUUUUAAGGAAUUUAUCUCCAUGGAAUAAAAGGGAGUAUUCUCA